AUGAGUACGUCUCUUCCACCGAAAAGCAAUUCAAAUGUUUUUAUUCGAGUAGCUGCCUCUGCACUUCCGAAGACUAAGAAAUCCUCCUGCUUCAAAAACGUAACCACAAUUAUUGUUGGUGCUCUCGCCGUUGCAUUGGUUAUCUUUUUAAUUAUAAUGUGGCAGAGGCAUCGGCAGACGCUUCAGCUACGAUCGAUGGAGAGGCUUGUCGAUCCCUCCUAUUUUCUUAGAAUGUUUAGCUACAUAGAGUUGAAGAUUGCAACUAGGAAUUUCAGGUCUAAGCUGGGGAGCAGAGGAUUCGGCACGGUGUUCAAAGGAUACCUAAUAGACGGUACACUUGUCGCCGUAAAGAAGAUGGAGGGUUCAAGACAAGAUGAGAAACAAUUCCGAGCAGAAAUCAGUUCUCUUGGAAAAAUACAACAUAAGAAUUUGGUUAGGCUUCGAGGGUUUUGCGCAGAAGGAUCGAGAAGGUUUCUGAUUUAUGAUUACAUGCCCAACGGCUCUCUGAAUUCCUUACUCUUCUCAAGUAAUUCUAAAGGUAAACAGAAGGUACUCGACUGGAAGAACCGAUUUGAGAUCGUGUUAGGCACCGCAAGAGGUUUACUUUAUCUCCAUGAAGAAUGCAGAGAUUGCAUCAUUCACUGCGAUGUGAAGGCAGAAAAUAUUCUUCGAGACAAUAACUUUUCACCCAAGUUGGCCGACUUCGGGUUGGCAAAGCUUUUGGGUAGAGAUUUCAGCCGCGUCCUGACAACAACGAGAGGAACGAGAGGGUAUUUGGCUCCAGAGUGGAUCUCCGGUCUUCCCAUCACUCCCAAGGUUGAUGUAUACAGUUUUGAGGAGAGAGAUAUUGAAGAGGUGAGAAGAGCAAGUAUUGUAGGGUUGUUAUGCAUUGAAAAGGAUGAGGAGGUGAGGCCAAGCAUGGGGCAAGUGGUCCUAAUGCUGGAAGGGAAGAUGCAGCCUCAAAUUCAACAGAUCCAGCGCUCUGCGCUUAUGGACAAGCAAGGAGACCGAAGCGACACUGACAGCGGUAGUGAGAGCUGA